CGGGGCAUCCACACGCGAAUUCAGUGCCGGUGACUUCAAAGCGUGCUUCCCCUGCGAAUAAAAACUGCCUGCUUUGUCCCACUGCCGGACAAUGAGUGGCCAAUGUCAAUGCCAUUUAACAUGAGCCGUUUGCAUUGAUCUUCCCCAACUACUCCUCCACCCUAAUCAACCCCCUUUCGCCCCGUUUUGUGCAGUGUAGUGAGUUGCAAGAACGGAAUACCCAAGGGUAUAAGGAGAACGGAUCUAUACGAAGGCAUUGUGAAAAGUGUCCUGCCACCGGAAACUGUCGCCCGAAACUAUGCAGCAGUAGAAAAGUCCACAUCCGCCAGGGAAUACGUGGAAAUAUUCAUUGCCAAUUCAACUGGAGGCUGAGGAUUUCGGCUUAUAUCAAGAUGCGUGUGCUAUUGCUGAUUUUGAGCCUAGUUGGAACGCUUUUGGCACCAGCACUGGGCUCUUUUGACUUGGUCGGACAGUCUAUUAAAGAUGCCAUGGCCGAAUACACGCUGACGGACAUAAUGAACAACAACCAAUUUGCGGGCAUCGAGUUUGGGGAGGCGGAGGACGGCUUCCCCGCCUUCCGGUUCCUGCAGACGGCGGACGUGAAGUCGCCGUACCGCAUGCUCCUCCCGGAGAAGCUGUACGAGUUCGCCAUCCUCAUCACUUUCCGGCAGAGCUCGCUGAAGGGCGGCUACCUGUUCAGCGUGGUGAAUCCCCUGGACACGGUCGUCCAGCUGGGCGUUCACCUGUCGCCUGUCGUGAAGAACAGCUACAACGUAUCGCUGGUCUACACGCAGGCGGACCAGAGCAUCGGCCGCAAGUUGGCCAGCUUCGGUGUGGCUCAUGUGCCGGACAAGUGGAACUCGAUUGCCCUCCAGGUGCUCAGCGACAAGGUGGCCUUCUACUACGACUGCGAGCUGCGCAACACCACUCCGGUCACCAGGGAGCCCAUCGAGUUGGUGUUCGACUCGGCCUCCACCCUCUACAUUGGCCAGGCGGGCUCCAUCAUUGGCGGCAAGUUCGAGGGCUAUUUAGAAAAAAUCAAUGUGUAUGGCAAUCCCGAUGCCAUAAACGUCACAUGCAUGCCGCCCCCAAAGGCGACGGUCGCUCCCACCACGGCGGAUCUGGAUCCCAUUUAUGUUGAAGGAUCUGGAGAUCUGAGUGGUUUAAACUUCGAGGAUGUAACGGAUGUGAAUUUUGGAAGUGAGGAAUUUUGGAAUACAGACUUUGAGGCGACGGACAUCUUCGACGCCAGUGGAAUGCAGCCCCCGGGACAGACGCAGUACACGCACGAAAGGCCGUACCGCGGCACCAAGGGCGAGAAGGGAGAGCGGGGGCCCAAGGGCGACAGCAUUCGCGGUCCGCCGGGACCGCCAGGUCCGCCCGGGCCCAAAGGUGAGACGGCCGCCUAUCCGCCCUUUGUGGAGACUACGAGUGCGGGGGCUAAAUACACUGGCGAGUGUACAUGUAAUGCGUCUGAUAUCCUAGAGGCCAUCAAGGACAAUGAGUCGUUGCGGGAAACGUUGCGAGGAGUGCCCGGAACGCCGGGCAAGGAUGGAAAGCCAGGUACCCCUGGUCACACCGGAGCCACCGGAGUGCCAGGAGCGAGGGGCGCCCGGGGGUCCGAAGGUGCCCAGGGGCUGAAGGGCGAGCCAGGCGUCGACGGGCUGCCCGGAGUCGUGGGUCCGCCGGGACCACCGGGUCCGCCUGGUUUGCCCGAGAAUUACGAUGAAUCCCUAAUGGUCAACUCGAUGGGCACAUUCCGGGGCACGACGCAGCCGGGGGCCAAAGGAGUGUCCGGCGAGAAAGGUGAUGCCGGCCAGAAAGGAGAGCGCGGCGAUCCGGGUCACAAAGGUGCGCACGGACCCAGCGGCGCAAAGGGUGAGCCCGGCGAACCGGGAACGCCCGGACUGCCGGGAUUGCCGGGACAGGCCGGACAGCCCGGCGGACUCGAGGGCCUCUCCUCCAACGGGACCAAGGGCGACAAGGGCGAGAAGGGCAUGCGGGGGCGGCGUGGAGGCACCGGAGCCACUGGACCAAUCGGACCUCCCGGAAAACCCGGCGCCAUGGGCGAUAUUGGACACUCGGGGCGCCCUGGCAUGACAGGACCAAAGGGUGAGAUGGGUCCCAAAGGACCUAAAGGCGAAUCCGGCGGACGCGAAGGGGUCAAGGGUGACAAAGGAGACCGAGGUCAGGAUGGUCGCGAUGGCCUGCCAGGACCUCCAGGACUUCCAUCCACUGGCGGCGGUGAUGGGGAUAGCAGCGGAGUGCAGUACAUUCCAAUGCCAGGACCUCCAGGACCUCCGGGGCCACCAGGCCUGCCGGGUCUAUCGAUUUCGGGGCCCAAAGGAGAUCCCGGAAUGGAUUCGCGAAGCCCCUUCUAUGGCGAUGCCUCCUAUUACGGGCGACCAGAGACGCCACGCCAGACAGGACAUUCCCACAAACAUGAGGAGACCCUGGGGCUCCUGGAGGGCGAGGAGCCCACCUACUCGGCCUCCUCGUCGAACAUGAACAUGAAGAUUGUGCCCGGCGCAGUCACCUUCCAGAACAUCGAUGAGAUGACAAAAAAAUCGGCCCUCAGUCCGCCGGGUACGUUGGCCUACAUCACCGAAGAGGAGGCGCUCUUGGUUCGCGUCAACAAGGGCUGGCAGUAUAUUGCGCUGGGAACCCUGGUCCCGAUAGCCACGCCCGCUCCGCCCACCACGGUGGCCCCAUCGAUGCGAUUCGACCUGCAGUCGAAGAACCUGCUCAACAGUCCACCGCCCCUGAUCAAUACGCCCACGUUUACAACCGCGCCCGAAUACGAAACGUGGUAUCCGCGAAUGCUACGCGUGGCCGCGCUGAACGAGCCCUCCACCGGCGAUUUACAAGGGAUCCGGGGGGCGGACUUCGCCUGCUAUCGGCAAGGACGACGGGCAGGCCUCCUGGGCACCUUCAAGGCAUUCCUCUCAUCCAGGGUACAGAAUCUGGACACGAUUGUCCGUCCGGCGGACCGGGAUCUGCCCGUGGUAAAUACGCGUGGCGAUGUGCUCUUCAACUCCUGGAAGGGCAUUUUCAACGGCCAAGGUGGAUUCUUCUCGCAGGCGCCGCGGAUCUACAGCUUCAGUGGCAAGAAUGUGAUGACGGAUUCGUCGUGGCCCAUGAAGAUGGUGUGGCAUGGCUCGCUGCCCAAUGGAGAGCGUUCCAUGGACACGUACUGCGACGCCUGGCACUCGGGUGACCAUCUGAAGUCCGGCUAUGCCAGCAAUCUCGACGGGCACAAGCUGCUCGAGCAGAAGCGCCAGUCCUGCGACUCCAAGCUGAUCAUCCUGUGCGUGGAGGCCCUGUCGCAGGAUCGCAAGCGGAAGAAGCGGGACCUCGGCGGCAGCAGCUACCGCAACGGUCGCAGUCACAGUCACGACGAGAGCGAAAGUCUGGAGUUCAGCACGGCCGAGGAGUAUGCAGCGCAUUUAGAAAAUUUACUGCUGUAAGCGGAAGCGGAAGGAAGAAUAAGAGGCGAGUCACACCAAACCAUUCUCAUGCGGAAAACAAAACAAAUCACAGCACACACACGUACAUACAUUGAAUGUAAACGUAAAUCAUGGCCAUGCAUAUAAUCAGCGAAUUCCAAACAAAAACCAAAAAGAGAAUACUCAGACGACAGUUGGAUGUUGCAUAUAAAUACAUACUUAUAUUACCCAUACGCAUACAAACACUACUCGUAGGUAAUGUCUAAUAUAUUUCUACACAUAUAUCAUAAAAACAAAAUAGUAUAUAUCGUGGAUAUAUAUGAGUUGUACUUUAUGUUCAGGACAAGGCAACAAACAGCAAACAGCAAUUUUUGUACAAGCAGGAAACGUAUUCGUAGUUUGUAAUCUGUAAUUUGUAACUUGUAACUUACCGAUAGCCGUUACCGAACUAAUGUAAUUUUUGUAAUUACGUAAGCUCACAGCCCGACACAGCAGCGGAUCACCCAGUCGCCUCCGCCUACGCAAUACUGGCCAAAUUAGUAUCCUACUUAGCUCGUAUGGCAAUGCACCCAAAAAUCGAGAUGCGAGAUGCGAGGAUCUCUUCACAAGGACCCUGUAUAUGCGUGUAUAAAUGUGUAUUUUUGUCAAAAGACUUCUAGGUGUGUGUACAUUAUAAGGAACCCGAGUGGGUACGAUACGAACCGUUUUUAACUAUCGCAUGCAGCCCUUUCUGCCCAGUCUAUACAGUCUAUACAUAUACAUAGGAUAUAUGUUUUACGACCGAUUUCUACUCCUACCGUAGGCCAGAGAUUUUCUACAGUGUAUUCCCACAAAAAACUCGAAAUCGAAAUCCGAAUUCGGAUCGCAUUUUUUAUAUGCAUCAGAUGAGAAACGAUAAUGAAAUUAUAGCAUAAUCCACACACACACACAUACUCGUACUCGUAAAUACAUGCACAUCCGUGGAUGGUAAAUUCGUAAUUUAUUGUCAUUCGAUAACGAAUACUUAACUAAAUUCUAAUUAUAAUUACCGAGCAUAGUUAGUUACAUAAUAAUUUCUUUUUGCAUUUAACCAAUGCAUUUCCAACUACAAAAUUUGUAAUGUAAUUAAACGUAAUUGUAAUGACAGUUAAGGUAUUAAUUUAAAACAAUAAACCACAACUGCAGAACACAAAGCGGAUGGCGCGGUAGCCAGCCGCAAGGUGACAUAAUAUAGUACGAUUAAAGUAAAUAUAUAUAUUAUAUUUAGUGAAAUCAAAACUGAAGUGCAGAACCCUCUAGUCCUAAGCCUAAAAUAUGAUGAAAAGAGAGCAUAACAGAAAUACAUAAUAGCAUAAUAUAAUUGAAUAAUACGAAACAAUAAAAAGUAAACUAUCAAAUGCAA